AUGCAUAUGUACUCGCGCCCCUUUGUGACGACGACUCUAUACCCGGGGCGGGUAACGUCUGAAAUACCAAUCGUGGCUGCAACAGCGCAGUUUUCUGGGCGCAGUGCAGUGGGAAGUGCGGUGUUGUAUGAAAUGAGCGAUUUGACGUCUCCCUCUGCCCGCUUCGCGACACACCACGGACAGGCAGCUUCGUGUCGACGGGUGCGGAGACUGGCCUCCCCGCCCACGGCCAAGCUGCUUUUCCCCCCAGCGAGCCCAGCUGAACCGCCCAGCAACCUGCAAAGCAAACUUGCUGGAUUAAGCAACGGCACUGUGCAGGAGCUGCGCGGUUGUGCAUUCGACUGA